AUGUGGAUUUCUCCUAGCUUAUGGCUCCUCUAUUGCGCCGUCUGCUACUCCGUAUACCUACGAGAAGAUGUCGCACUCGACGCAUACCGCUGUCCCCAAGCUGGCGCCAGCUCGGACGCAUCGUUAACAGACCACGGCGCGGCGUCUGUGUUGGGUGCUUCACCUUUACCAUCUCCGGACAAUGAUGUCGAAGCGCCUCCGGAGUACUUCAUCGUGGCGUCAGAAGUAGGGGGAGGGGCAGAGGGUGUGGCCAGGCGGCAGGCAGAGGGCGGUGUGUCCUAUGUGGCGGCGAACGGCGCAUUGAGCAACGAUUGCGGCACAGCACCACUCUACCGGCUCGUGAACGGCAGCCUGUCCGUCGUCAGUGGCGGCGUGACCUAUACCUACUCGACCAAUGCCGGAGUCGGCUCGCAGCAGUUUCUGGCCUCUGCCGGUCCCGUCGGUGCCAUCACGACCACCUUCUCCAUCAGCAGCGACGGGAAUGUCGCGUGGAGGAACCCGGCUUUCUAUGGCGGCCAGGCGCAGUUCUGUACCCUGUCCAACGGCAACAUUUAUGCCGUCUUCACCUAUCUGGCGCAGCCGAGUGGAUGUGCCAUUGUCCAACUGACCUUGUUCGCGGCGACGACGUGUAGCACGCUGCAGGCACAAGUCAACAAUAUUGCCGCCCGACUGUCCAGUCUACAGCUCAAUACCGUCACCGUGGAUCGUCCGACCACUGUGGUCCAACGAAUCGUGUCCACGGCGACCGUCAUCUCGACCGAAAUUUCCACGUUCAUUCCCCCAGCGCAGACUCAAACCGCGACACGGGUCCUCACAACCAUAGCGACGGCGACCGCCACUCGCGUCGUCACGGCCACGGCCACGGCCACCGUCCAAGCCGUAUUGCCAGCACCAGCAAAUUGUGGCAACCAAGGUCUCCAAUACGCCGUUUUCGUCAACAACCAGCCCAACCACAUCAACCAAGUCUACACGGCCUACGACCCGACAUACAUGAAAAAUCGUGCCGCACCAAAUUCCAACAGUACCUGGACCACCAUCUACUACACCAGCGUCCUCUCCAACAUCGGCGGCGGCACCAACAACUGCGCCAACGGCAACGGCAACAUCACCCUCUACACCGGCGCCCCGACUUCCAUCCCCUGCCAACAAUUCUCCGCCAUGUACCGCGGCUACCUCUACAUCUACUCCUCCGGAACCUGGACCUUCUCCGUCUCCGGCGUCGACGACUAUUUCGGCCUCUGGCUCGGCUCCUACGCCCAAACCGGCUGGACCAAAUCCAACGCCAACAUCUCGCUCGCGUUCAGCUACAAUACGGGUGGACCUUCAUUGGCCAUUACGGGACAAUUUACCGCCGGACAGUAUGUGCCGAUUCGAGUCGUGCAUGGUCAGUCUGUGGGUGGGUUUGCGUAUACUUUGUCGGUGACGGAUCCGAAUGGUUUGAUUGCGCAGGUUACGGGGAGUUCGGCGAAUAAUUAUUUGGUGCAGUUUGGGUGUAAUUCGGAUAUUCCGGCGCCGAAUUGGGGGCAGUUUGGGUAUGAGUAUUAGGAUUGGGUUGUGUCGUUUUCUUUCUCUUUUUUUUUGCUCUCCUUUUGGUUUUGGUCUGUGUUGUUGUGUUGGGCUGGAAGAGUGGGAAGGGGUGGGUUGGAAGAGUGGGAGGGAUGGAUGGGGUUGGAAGGUGAAGUUGUAUACUAUU